ACCCUGCCGUGUUCUGUAGUCGAAUCCUCGGCAGCAGCGCUUCCCGGCUGUCCCGCCCGUCCCGAGGCGGUGCGGAAAGAGACCGCGGCUUCCCUUCUCCGCCGCGGCUGCUGCUGCCUGCCCCCAGCACCCUCCGCCUCCGGCGGGGCGCGGAGGCCAUGUUCCCGCUGGACUCCACCUGGAAUAUCUCCUUCGCCGGCUGCGGCUUCCUGGGGGUCUACCACGUCGGCGUGGCCAGCUGCCUGCAGGAACAUGCCCCGUUCCUGGUGGCCAACGCCAAGAAGGUGUACGGCGCCUCGGCCGGGGCGCUCACCGCCACCGCCCUCGUCAGCGGCGCCUGCCUCGGUGAGGCCGGUGCCAGCAUUAUUCGGGUGUCAAAAGAAGCCCGGAAGAGGUUCUUGGGCCCACUCCACCCCUCCUUCAACAUGGUGAAAACCAUUCGGAUGGUUUUGUCCAAGACGGUGCCAGACAAUGGGCAUGAGGUUGCAGCAGGACGUUUGGGUAUUUCCCUGACACGGGUCUCCGAUGGGGAAAAUGUGAUACUGUCAGACUUCAAUUCCAAGGAGGAACUGAUCCAGGCUUGUAUCUGCAGCACCUUUAUCCCUGUCUACUGUGGGCUGAUACCUCCAACCUUGCGUGGAGUGAGAUAUGUUGAUGGAGGGAUUUCUGACAAUUUGCCCCAGUAUGAGCUGAAGAACACAAUCACAGUGUCUCCUUUCUCGGGAGAGAGCGAUAUCUGCCCACGGGACAGUUCCACAAACAUGCACGAGCUGAGAGUCACCAAUACGAGCAUCCAGUUCAACCUUCGCAACCUCUACCGCCUCUCCAAGGCCCUGUUUCCUCCGGAGCCACAGGUGCUGCGGGAUAUGUGCAAGCAGGGCUAUCGAGAUGCACUGCAUUUCCUGAAGAAGAAUGGUCUCCUUCAUCGUCCAAGUCCUGCCCGUCCUCUCCUUGCCAUAGAAGCACCUCCAGGAGAGAAGAAAGAGGAAGAAACAGAAGCUGAGGACCAACUAGAGGACAACACUGCCCUUGCUGUUGUUGAAGAGCAUAUCUUUGAACACUUGCCUCCCAGACUCAACCAAGCUCUCCUGGAGGCUUGUGCUGAAAGAAGAAGUUUCUUUACUGGCCUGAGCAACAUGCUGCCUGUGCGUGUGGCCACGGCCAUGAUGGUCCCCUACAUGCUGCCUCUGGAGUCUGCAGUUUCCUUCACUGUCAGGUUGCUGGAAUGGCUCCCAGAUAUCCCUGAGGAUAUAAGAUGGAUGAGGGAGCAGAUGACAGAAAUCUGCAACUAUCUUGUGAAGAAAGCCAAGAAGAAACUGGGCAGCCAUCUUUCAGCCAGGCUUUACUACCACCUCGAGCUUGGAGGGCCCCAGAAGCUACAAAUUUCUCCCCCAGCACCUUGUGGUGAAGCACUGCCCAUGUGGAUGAGGAGCAACCGCUCGGUUUCUGACGUCAUGAUGAAGUGGGAGGAGUACCAGCGCCAGCUCAUGCUGGGCUUGCUCUGCAUCAACGUGGACAUGCAAGCCUCCCUCUUCCCUCGGGAAGGGUUUCAGUUAAAGCUUCCACCUCUAGACUGUGCAAAAGAGUGCCUGCCACUCUUCUGAGCCUGCUGCUGUGAGGGGAUGGGAGUAGGGUGGGAGCAAUCUCAUCCCUCAGCAGCAGGCUGCCCCAUGCUCCUGAGUAUGUUGCAUAGGGGACUUCCCCGGGAUGGAGACUGGUGGAAUUGACUGUAGACGUUUGUUGCCCACUGGGCCAAGCAAGGGACCUUUGUGUUCACAGCCACACACAGGCUGAUUCCUUGCUCUAGACUUGUGGUGAGGCCUGGCCAUUGCCUGUGGCCAGGCUGAUGCUGACCCAGCUGGGCUCUCCCAAUAGUGCACUUUGAAUUGCCACUGGCUUUUUACCGCCAAAUAACCAGGAUGUAGAUGACGCUCUCAAGUUCAUUCAGCUUUUACCUCCCUUGGUUUUUCAGAGCAUGUGUCUUGAUUCCUCUCCUUAAAUCAUCUCACAACCCUUAGUUCUUUGUGCUACUGAAAGAUGAAGUAGCCUCUUGCCAAACCAGUUUUUCUCAUAGCUUUCAAAUCUCCUCCAGACUUCCUUCUUUGCUGAAACCAUGUCCUUUCCUCUCUCCCUUAAUUGCUUCCACACCAGAAGCCAGAGCUGGUCCUGCAGCAAACUGCACUGGAACUGCAAAAGUGUAGAAAAGUUAUGUAUUUUCCCUGAUGCAUGUUGUCCUCAUCUUUCCCUUUUUGAUUGGGUCCUCAGGGAACUACUGUGACUUGAACUCUGAGUGUUAAGUGAUUGAGCUUAUUUAAAGAAGUAAUUUUGACAGAUUUUUUCCCCCAGGGAAACAUGUUGAAUUUGAGGCCCUAUUCCUGACUCUGUGAGUGGAAUUGGUGUGGGGUUGCCCUGAAAAAAGCUCAGCCUGGCUAUCUCAGGAUCAGCUUAGCAGCUGAAGCAAUAUGAAGUGAUUGUAGGAAGAUGAGAAUUGUGUAGGGCAUGUUAUUUUUGAGUGGUUUGUGGUGGAGUGUCACAGCAAGUGCUGGGGAAGUGGCUGCCUCUGGCAGGGGUCGAUUGGGCUUUGCUCCUUAAGGGGCUGUACAACUGAGGCAAAUUCCAAGUGGGUGAUACAGAAUGGAUCUCCUGCCAAACUGAGGCUUCCAUCUCUCUUUUGCUCAGAAAGUUUGGUUGUUGAGGCUUUGGAGCGAGAAGGAUUUAGGCUUGUAGCUACACCAGCAUCACAGCUUGCCUGUCUCACCUGUGUUGUGGCUCACAGGUCCUGCUCUGCAGCUAGCAAUAGCAGGAGCAUGAGAAGUGAGGACUGUUGAUGCACAUGCAGCCCUUGGAACUGGCUCCUCUUUGUCUUGCCUCUUAAAAGACCAGAACUGUAGCAGAGCAGGACUCUGCCUUGAGGCACUGCCUUCUCUGCAGUGGCCUGGUCCUGGCUUGUGUGAGAAGUAUGAACUCCCUGUUCUUCACAGGGUGAGACAUGGCUUCCUGUGGGGAUUGCAUGGGCUUAAUCUUAGGUCUUCACACUGACAUACCCAGAUCCUGGUAUCUUUUUCUGCUGCUUGUCUUGCUACAUGAGGCGUCGUCUACCUCUCCUAGCACAAACAGUGUGCAAUGGCCAAAGCAAACAUAGGCUGUCUUUGCUGGGGAGCAGGACAGGGUAUCAGAGCUGAUUAUGUAGCCUAUACACGGAAUAGUAGUUUUUAAUAGACACUGUUUUGCACCUUAGAUUUAGGAAGGGAAAAUAAACCCAGAAGUUGUGCUAAUCACUGGAGAAAGUAGUAAAUCUUCAUGAGCAGUGUGGGUGACGGGGUGGGUGCUGUUUCCUACGAGCACAGUUGUGCUCUGGGCACGAGUUCAGUGUUUGUGUGGAGAUGGAAAAGCAUCAGGACUUUGCUGCAGUGGCUGUGCCAAGCUGGGAGGCAGUGGAGUGGGUCUCUGCCCAGGGGGCAGUGCAAGGAUGAACUUGUGACUUAUAUUGUCACCCCACUGCCCUUGCUGGACGAAGCUAUGUAACACAAGGGCCUGUGCAGUUUACCAAGCAGGCCUGCACUUAACAAAGUCAGAUUUAGUUUUAAGAUUUGCAUAAUUAAGUCAGUUGGGGAACAGGGAAGUGACUACAGGAAGAGAAAAAAUUGGAGGAUUCCGAAAUCAGGAGAGAACACUCAAUUACCAAACAAGUCGAUCUUGUGAUUGUUUAAAGCCCACAGAAAAAAAUGGUAGAUGCUAGUGGAAGUGAACCAGCAACAAGCUACUGUCACUUAGAGGGAGCAAGAUUAAUUUAAUGAAAAUUGGAACUGAGAAAAGGUGUUCAUUUAGUGGUUUGGUAUGGGAUUUCUUUUCUUCCACUGUUUUGGACUACCUUCUUGAGGGAAUGGCACAUGCACAGCUACUUAGAUUGCUAAAUACAUAUCUCUUGUCCCUAGUGCACACAGAGCAAUUGGCAAGAACAUAGAGAUAUUUAGUGGCAAGAAAUUAAGGCAUUGUUUCCAGAAGCAAAGCAUCUGAGAGGGGCAAAACUGCAUAAGGAAAAUCUUAUGUUUAGAAGCUGCUGCCCUUUUGACUCUGCCUAUUUUUUUUUGUGUUAAUAUAUGGGUGGAGAAAAUUAUGCAAGUAUUUUUUUAUCCCUUCUUCCUGGACUGGUAAAACCACUGAGUGAUUAUGUAAACCACUAAACUAUGAAACAAAAUACUCUGGGCAACAGAGUGUGCUAAGAAGUUGCAGCUUGGCACCCUUAUCCCUUGCCUUUUGCAUCAGAACUGACUGGUCUGGUGCUGACUGGGCUGAUGCCACUGUCUUCCAGUGCUCUGAUCCAGAAGGCUUGGGGAUUUUGGUUUAUGCAUUUCAAGAGACCAACAGCUGUGCCUGGUAAAAGGCCUGAGUUUCAUUCUGUGUUUCACCUCAUCUGUAGUUUAAUUUAUUAUAUUAUCCUCUCCACAAGAAACUUUUGUACACUUCAAACUAUAACCACAAAUCAAAGCCUGGCUCUAAAAAUAAAAUUCUAACUCACAAGGAAAUUCCUGGUUUUCCUAUGCUAAUUUGCAGGGUGUGAAGGAUACUGGGAAAGUACCACUCUGUAUUAACCCUUUCUUUGCCUGUUUUUAUUUCCCAAGUGUUACAAUGGCUAUUGUGUGAUAGCCUGUUGGCUUUAUAGAUUUGAGCUCUGAUAAAGGAACUGCAGAUCUGUUAAAAUACCUGAAACUAGCCUAAUUUUCCUUUUGAAAAGUUUCACCUAUUUGCUUGAAAUUCUUGCUGUUCAUCCAUCACGGAUUGCAAAGAAUGAAGGAAUUAGGGAAGAUCACGUUUCUCACUGAUGUAGAAAAAGGGCUGUAUCAGCUUGUGAAUAGAUUUUUGUUAUGCAGUGCUGCCUUGUCUAGAUGAGACCCCACUCUUUCUGAAAUCUCUGGAAACCUUGUGAUGGGAGAGGUUUUUUACAAUAGUGCUCACUGGAACUGUUCAGCCCCUUGUUCUGUGUGUACCUCGUGGUGUACAAAGUUACCUUCUGGGCAGCCAUUGCUGAUUAACCCUCACUUGCCUAGGUCAUCUGUGGCAGUCAGUCCUUUCUGCUCCAAAUUGUGUGGCUGGGCAGCCCAGCAGGGCUUUCCAGGUUCCUGGACAAAAAUCCAUCUUGUAGUCCAUGUCCCAUGGUCCUUAUAGCAUUCACUGCAGGAGUCCCAACCCUUGCCAUUUCCACUGUUUCACAUAAAGGGUCCGUGCAUUCAGGAAUCCACUAUUUUUUCCUCCUUCCUGUGUUAUUAAUUGCUGCUUUUAACAAGGCUGAUGGUGACCUUGUGCAUCUAACCAGCCCCUAACCUGCACAACACUGUAGAGUUAUUUUGUGUACAACAGUGUGUGCCUAUGGCAUACUCUGUACCCCACAGUUAGUGUGUAGUGUAACUGGUUUGGUUUGCUGCCUGCCCUACUGCUAAUACUGUUGCAAGCUGCUUUUCAAGGGAUAGGAGAAAAUACUGACCACUAUGUAUAGGACCUAGGAAUUUUUCUCAUGGCUUCUUGGAAGGCUGUGUACCUGCAAGACUCAGAAUAAAAGAGAAUCUGAUGUCUGCCAGCACUGGGGUGUCCUAAUACUUUUAUAUUCCCCAGUGGUUUUAUUAAUUUAUAAAAAUUGUCUAGUAAUUCACUACUUCCUUGGAGAAAAGUGCUCUCACUUUUGCCAAAGCAGUUGUGGGAGAAAUACCUGAAACUCUGGGAAAUAAAACAAUAGUAAAUUUCUACUAAAUACAUGCCAGAUGUGGUGGGUGGCAGGGCCACCAAAGUCAGAGGGCCUUGCCAACAGUUUUCUCAAGUUUUGUUUCUCUCUUUUCCUUAAAUCAGUAAGAGAAUGGACCACCUCACCUGGCUGCCGUGUCAGCCAGCUUGUUUGUGCCAAACACAUGCUGUGCCUUUACAGCGGGCUCUGCCUGCUGUCCCUCUGGUGUCUGCCUUGCUGAGUGCAGCACGACUCGCUCCCUCUCCUCUCCCUCCUUCCCCUGCCUGCUGGUGGGACAUUGCUCCUUUUCCAACCUGCAGGCAGCUCCACUAGGACAGCCCCUCACUGCAUCCACCUCACUCUGUGGAGCCACAUCAGCCGUCGUGCACAGGGAGCACAAAACUCUAGUUCCAAACAGAGGACUUGAAAAUGUAACUUUGAAAUAAAUACCUCUCAUUUCUGGAGUUUUCUCUUGUUCUUGAAAACAGCAUCUAAAGCAGCUCUUUGAGCUUUGUGUGUCCUGGGACUCCACUGCUGCCACCGAGUUUGAGAAGACCCUUAAGCACACAACACGUGGAGGUCCUGUGGAAAUUACUGGUGUCAGAGCAGCAACUAGACCAGCAAUAGCAUAACAAGUUAUGUAUUUACGUGGCAAUGUCACUAAGUAGUGUUCACAGUCACUUUAAAAGUUCAGUAUUAAAUUGUUGAUGCUUUUUUUUUUCUUCCUGUUUCUAUUUUCUAAUGUUUUGCUGAAGAAAAUGUAACUAUUUAUUUUGGCAGAAAUAUAUCUUCUAAUAAAAACUUUCUCAAUAUA